AUGGUCGGUCCAGCUCCAACGCCCGCGCCGGAUCUUGUUCCGCGCCAAGGCAUUGGAAGUGGCCUCAGCAGCAUCAUUGACAGUAUUGGGAGCGGUCUUGGUCUAGGUGGCGGCAAUAGCGAGAGCAGCAGCAACGGAAACGGAAGCAGUGGCGGAGGUAGCAGCGGCAGUGGAAAUGGUAGCGGUAGCAAUCAAUCAUCGCCUGACUCAUCUCAAUCUCCGUCUUCUUCCUCACAACGCAACGAUCCCAACUCCUCCUCUGAUCAGCAGGGUAACAAUAGCCAGACUUCCAGCCAGGGCACUUUUUCUUCUUCUAACAAUCCUUCCCAAACAUCAUACACAACGGAACAACAACCAUCACAAACAACAACGCAAUCUGUAUCAUCUACCGACAACGGCACCAACAAUUCAGCAUCAACAGGCAACAGCUUUUCGUCCUCCAGCACACCCACAUCCCAGUCGCAGGAAUCAACUUCGUCUUCACGGUCUCGUUCGAGGAGCAGGGAAAGCACGGAAUCGACGCCUACGACGAUUGCCCCUUCGACGUACACCUCUCAGUACACAAGCGAUGGCAACGUUGUUCAGGUGACGAGCACCAUCUCCGGAACGACAUCGGUAGUCGUUGUGACCCAGAAUCCAAACGAUGGUACUGUACAAAGUGAACGCAACAACUCUUCGCACUCGGGCAGCAACGGUGGGCUCAUCGGCGGCGUCGUUGGUGGUGUCAUUGGUGGACUGGCGCUCCUGACGCUCCUGGCCUUUGUCGCCAUUCUCUGGAGGCGCCGGAAGGCUCGCACCGGUCACGGCUGGUUCCUCUGCUUCGGCGUGCCUCCCAGCCGUAGCCUGGAUGGCGACGAUGGAUGGCCGACGUUCGAUCCCGCCAACAGCUCCUCGCCCUUUGGGCCCAGCUCGAUGGCCGCGGUCGGUGCUGCCGGUGCCGGUGCCGCAGCGGGAGCAGGGUCUAAACGGAAAAAGGGCAGCCAGCCUCAGGCGACGCUGCCAGAGGGCUUUGAAGCGGACCCUGAAGCAGGCGUCGACGAGGUCUCGAGUGGCGACCACGAGAUGCGUGAACACGCCUCGCCUCACGCCUCCGGUGCAUACGCCAUCAGCGGCGGCUACGGCUCCCAUCCGGGCAGCUAUGGAGCCCCUGGCUCCCAGGACGCCCUCAGCAAUGGUGCGCCAGGUUCGUACGGUGCGCCGUCGGAGGAAGGCCACUUUGCGAGAAAUUCGCAACCGUGGGGUUUGAGUCCCUUUGUCGCUGCUCCGGGCUCGCCACCGCCGGCAGCCGCACAGCAUGCUGGUGAAGAUGCGCCCGAUUACGGCCACCUAGACCCGCCAGAGGUGCGCGAGGCGCGCGCUCGCGAGCAGGCAGAGGCCGCCGCAGCGUAUCGCCCGCAGUCGCCCGGCUCGCCUGGCAUGCAUCCAGCCAUGCUGGCCGGCGGGAUGCAUAGCCCCACGAGCGGCUACAGCCACCAGAGGCUGCCCUCCAAUGCCGGCAGCAUUGGCGGCUCAAGGCGACCCUCUCAGGGAACGCUUGCUGGGCUCCAGCAGUCGCAGCACCCCUCACACACGGAAGCGUACGUCGACGCCAUCGAUGACGUGAACGACGAGCCGCGCAAUGUGCAAAACGUCGACAUCGUUGGCGACGUCACUGGACGCAUGCUACACCUCAGCAAUCCUGAUAACUGAGCCGCUUCCAUACAUCCCUCGCCGACUACCAUUGUUCCAGGCUAGAGGGAGCAGACACGAACUUUUAUUUUGCCUUCUGUAUAACAUUUUUUUGUCGUCCUCUGUUUCAUUCACAAACAGUCUACAAAGACAAUCUCUACCGUGUAGCCAUGUAGGACUCUUGCCUUCUCUUUUUCAUAUUAAUUGCCAUUGCACCACGUCCGCCACUUUGG